UUCUAUAUUGGAUCUGUCUUCGUAAAUCCUCACUUUUUUUUGCCUUUCUUUUUCUUUUCACCCUUGACAUUGUUUAUUCUACCACAUUGUAUUGUAUCAUUCAAUGACGACUGUAUCUGCGAACGAAGCUUCCGAGCCUCUGUGCAUUGGUUGUCAUUUAGUCAUUGAAGAAGGAUCGGUCAUUGCUUUCGGUGAUGCCUUGUUUCAUUUGGAAUGUUUUACUUGCGCCAAGUGUGCUCGCGAAGUUGAUUGCAGUUCCAAUUUAUUGUUACUCAACGAUGGACGACCCUUGUGUGAACAAUGCUCUUACAUUUGUGCCGCAUGCAAACAACCUACGCAACAUGAAGCCAUCAUGAUUGGUGACGAGGUGUACCAUGCUGAAUGUUUUCGCUGUGUUUCAUGCAAACAAGUGAUGUCCGAUCUUAUAUUUGCGCAAACAAGUAGAGUAGGGAAUCUAUUUUCGUCCAUGUUAUCAUCAGCGUAAAGCCGAAAAGCUGCGUCGAAAAGAAGAAAAGGAGAAACGAUGGCUUGGUGCAAGCAAAGGCUCGAGGUACCUGUCGUGGAUACUUCGAUAGGUGAAUUUAUUUCAGUA